AUGACAUUGAUAACAUCUUGUUUGAUACGUGCUCGGGGUACAUAUCGAUCCUUGUAUCGAUUCUAUGCGAAUUCAGCUACUCGGACGACUGAUGUGCAUUCGGUAGCGCGAGAUUCAUCACCAUCAACAGCUGAACAACCGUUCCGAACGGCGAUCAAUGAUCCGUUGUUGCAUACGGAGAAAGACAUCGGAUUGUUUUAUACAGUUGAUCCGAAUGAUUUGAAGAAGAUUAGUCCAUUUGGUAAAGCACUUCCAUUACAAUUUCGAGAAGAAUGUGAAGCAUUCAAUGAGACAUCCGUUAUGAUUCGACAACCCUCACUCGAUGUUAUUAAAUUAAUGAAACAAAUCAAUUGGAAUCUACCGCCGUUAAAAGUCGUCCUUUUUCCAUCUGAAAGCGGUGUAGGCAUGAGUUUGUGUCUUUUUCAUGUGUUACAUUAUGGAUUUCGAAAGCGAAUGUUACUUGUCAACACGCCAACCGCUGGUGAAGUUCUAAAAUUAGCACUGGAUGCGACACCGUCACCAAACAAUGAACAAAUGUGGGAUACACCCGCAGCAGCAAGUGCCUGGCUUAAAACAUUUGCAAUUAAUAAUGAAGAGAUAUUAAAAGAAACAGAUUUUCGAACGAAAUUCACCUAUACGUGGAGCGCUCGAGAAUCAACACCAGCUGGAACACAUCUUCUCGAUCUCAUUGCCUAUGCGACUGAUCGAAUAAAAUAUGCUUCGGAAUGUGUUGGUGCAAUUGUCAAAGAAGUAAAAACCCAAGUGAAGGAAAAAAAUAUUCAAACUUUAGUUACAUUUGAUACUAUCAACAGUUACUAUGGACCAUCAUGGAUUGUUAAACCUGACCGAUCAACCGUUAAACCGAAUGAAGUAACGAUGGUGAAAGCAUUACAGGAAUUAUUGCUACCAGAUUGGAAUAAUGCUUUUAUCGUUGUGACAAUUGGGCCGAAAGGUAUACUCAUACCAAAAGUUCGCGAAAAAGACAAUUGGCUCGUCCAUCAUCCACAUUUUCGUACUGAACAUCGUCUACCAGGUGUUCUCAUGUACGAUGGACCAACGACAGUGAAAUCACUAUUGCGUACAGAAGGUAUCGAAGCACUUGAACCAUUUGUACCAAUUCAAGUACAGAAGUAUACCGAUGAUGAAUUUAAUAACCAAUACCGAUAUUAUCUUGAUCGAAAUUGGAUACAAAACUAUCGUGGUCGAGAAGACGAAGGUCGAAAAGAAAUUUUGUUUUUUACAGCUAAGAAUCCAUUUGAAAUGGCGAAGUUUGUUGGUUCUCGUUGA